CGAUAACCAAUGACAUCUGACUGAUUUGUCGUUGAAAUUUUUUAUUGCUAAUGGUAGUGUGUCAUGUUGUAUUAUUUCGGAAGUAACUGAUUAUUGCUCGAAGGAAUAAAUAGUUACGACUCAAAAGACAUCAAUACUUAUCAACAACAAUGAACAUUAAAGAGAAAAUACCCAAAUUAGUAGACGUGUAUCGCCCGUCUCCUAAAAAUCCACUCUCCAAGAGGCAGUUACCCCUUGUUGUGGAUGAGAACUUAACGUUGGUUAUGGAUUUAAAUGGAUCUGGAAUAGUGUGUGACAAUCCUCUCAUCAAAGGAAAAGAUCUUGAAGAUUUCAUUAAGAAAUGGACUAAAUUAACAGAACAAGAAUUAAGGUCAUCUAUACAAAUUUCGAAGAAUCAGUUGUUAACAGUUCUGAACCAAAAUGUUCCAUGUGUUGGAUGUAGAAGAAGUGUUGAAAGACUGUACUACCAGCUUUUCAAAUUUGGGCAUCCCACUCUAGAACCAUUAAUGGUAACAAAAGAAGGCAUCAUUACAAUUCAAGAAGACAUAUGUUUUCAGCCGCUAAUACUGGGUUCUAUUUUCCAUGAACAUGCAUUAAGUUUAGCUCAGUUGAUUGAAAACCAACCAAAAAGGAACAAGAAAAGUUUGAGGUGUCGUUUACAUUCACUUGACUCUCAAAGGAGCCGUCCUCUAACUCCAGUAUGGCAUGAAGUGUGGGAAUGUAUGGAACCUGAAUGUAAAAAAGAAGUCUGCAUUAUUGAAGCCCCAACAUUGCAUGCAACACUGGAGACAUACCUCAGAAAACAUAGAUUUUGUGGCGAAUGUCGCACUAAAGUGUUGAAGGCAUAUUCGUUAUUGGUAGAGGAACCAGAUCCUUGCAAAGAGAAAGGAUAUGUUUCUUCACUUUAUUCAGGUAUAAAGAGGUGUCUCCCCGAUAAGCACAUACACUUGCAAACAAAGACUGAAUACAUAACAAAGUUGAUAAGUAGGGCUGAACCUGAACUUCUAGGAAGCCGGAGAGAACGACACGCAAAAACAUUGGAGAUAGCCCAAGAGGAAGUUCUCACAUGCUUAGGGAUAUGCAUGUACGAACGUCUGCAUCGCAUUUAUAUGCGGAUGAGAGAGGAAGAAUGUACCUGUCAAGUUUUCGCAGCUGUUGCAGUAGACACAUUGAGCCGAAGUUUCGAAACAGCGGUCGAACUUAAACAGGGAGUCUCUCAAUUGCAACUUUUAUAUGAGGAACUAGCAAAGGAAGAACAAAUGAAGCAAAGUCGUAAGGAUCAGAAAAAGAUCAAGCGCAAACGUAGAAAGGGCAAAUGUACAGAUAUCGAUUCAAAGGAGUUGUGUAAUGACUGCGAUGAAGAAGACGAUGACAAAGAUGGUCUUGAGAAAGUUUGUGAUUGCUCAGAAAAUGAGAACGAGUCGAUUAAAUGUGAAUGUAAUCAAACAGAAAAUCCACAAGAUGACAACUACGAGUGUUCUAAUCUUUGCAAUAAUUUGAAUGAUUCACAGUGCAGUACAGAUAAUGUGAAUGAUUGUACAUGUGGUUCCUCACCAGGUGAAAAAUCUGAUAGUCAAGUUCCCUUCCGUUGUGAUAACUGCAAUGUACCCAAUGGAGGUGGAAUUGAAGAAUUUGGCAAAAAAGAAAGCGGCUCUUCCAGCGACCAUUCCCAUGACUGUGGCUAUUCAUCAGAAAAUAAUAAUGGCUGCUGUGAAACUGGUUCCCUUGUAUCCAGUAUAUCCAGUUCUCCUGAAGGCUCGGAAGUAGCGUGUUCAGACUCAUGUUGCCAUCAUGAAACCAAUUACGUGUCACAUUAUAGGCUCACAUAUGGUGGGAAUGGAUACUACCAUCCCAGCUUACAGGAAAUGUUAGAUGAUAAUAGUGAUGAUGAUGAUGACAAUUGUUCAAUACCAACAGAGGAUUUGAAUGAGUUCAAUAAAAACAGGCAGUGGAUUGAAGAACAACGUAUGGAAUUACGAGAAAAGUUAAAGGAUAAAUUCGCGCAUUAUUGUUUUUAUGGUCCAACACCGCCACCCCGUUUAUAUUAGUUCAAUCCAAGUAUGCUUCAAAUUGAAUAAUUUUCUCUUUCCAAUAAUUUUUCCGUUUCAGACCAAAUUUUUUACAACAAUAGGUUUCAUUUUCAGAUAAACAAUUGAAUGUUAUUAUUGCACAACAAUUUUUUUUUCAAUUAUGAAAUUUUUUUGAAUAUGUAAAACUUGAUCGAUCAAGAGAUAAAUAUGUAUACCUUUUAUUUUACUAACAUAUUUGUUGCAUUCCAUGGGUUAAAUGUUGAAAAUAGAGUUGUUUUUUAUAGGAUUGGUGCACUAUAUGGCAUCUUUCUUCAUUCUAUGUAAGAAAUAAAGUAAAUAAAAUAUUUAUCAGGA